UGUUUGUCUUUGAUAAAAGGGAAGGUCGGUUUCGUUUCUUGUUCAGUUGCUGUUCCUGCUCUCAGUGAUGGCGGCUGCUGAUCUGAGAGACGAGCUGAGCUGCUCCAUCUGCCUGAGCAUUUAUACUGAUCCUGUAUCCCUGCCGUGUGCCCAUAACUUCUGCCGGGGCUGUAUUGGGAGGGUGCUGGGCACCCAGGAGGGAUCUGGGCCUUAUUCCUGCCCUGAAUGCAGACAGGAGUUUAAGGAGCGCCCUGCCCUGCCCAGGAACAGAACUCUGGGGAACAUAGCAGAGCGAUUCCUUUCUGCUCAGCCCGAGCCGGGGGACACUGGGAUUCCCUGCACCUACUGUGUCCUCUCUCCUGUACCUGCUGUUAAAUCCUGUCUGCACUGUGAGGCUUCUGUGUGUGAGACCCACCUGAGGAUGCACAGCAAGUCAGCAGAACAUGUACUGACCCAACCCACUGAUUCCUUCAUGGAGAGAAAAUGUUCUGUACAUCACAAGGUUCUGGAGUAUUACUGCUGUGAGGAGUCUGUCUGUGUCUGUGUGUCCUGCUGUCUGGCCGGAGAGCACAGGGGCCACAGGGUGGAGCUGCUGAGUGAGGCCUCUGAGAAGAAGAAAGAGACACUGAGGAAAGUUGUGGAGAAACUGAGGCCAGAGAGAGAGGAGACUGAGAGAGGAGCCCAGAGACUGCAGGAGCGCAGGAGAGAAGUGGCAGAAAAAGCAGCCGGUGAGACAGAGAGAGUCACUGCCCUGUUUAGAGACAUCAGGGAACAGCUGGAAGCCCUAGAGAAGCGACUCCUGAGUGACAUCUCCAGCCAGAAAGAGAAGCUCUCACUCACACUCACUGAUCUGAUGGAGCAGCUGGAAAUAAAGAAGGACGAGCUGUCCAGGAAGAUCCGUCACAUUGAGGAGCUGUGCAACAUGGCAGAUCCACUCACUGUCCUACAGGAACGGGAAUCACAUGGAGCUGCAGAUAAUGAGGGGGGCAGAGAGAGACAUGAUAUAAAGGUCCCUGCUGUAGGGGAUCUGGAUGUGGAUCUGAUCUCAGAGACAUUACUCACAGGCUUAGCUGCCAUUGGGACUGGGGUAAUUGACCCUGUAUAUGAGCAGGAGGCUACAGACCUGUUACUGGAUAUAAACACGGCUCAUAAUUACUUAUCUGUAUCAGGGGACAGGAAAUCUGCUUCUGUCUCACUAACAGAACUACAUUACCCACAAUCCCCAGAGAGAUUUCAGUUGAUGCCUCAGGUUUUAAGCAGCAGGAGUUUCCCCUCAGGGCGACAUUACUGGGAAGUGGAGGUCAGUGAAUCAGGGAGCUGGGGGGUAGGGGUGGCCUAUCCCAGUAUAGAGAGGAGAGGGGAUCAGUCUGGUAUUGGGAAUAAUAACAAGUCCUGGGGUUUGUACAGAUGGUAUAAUAACAGAUAUUCAGUGGAACAUGACAGUAAAUGGACAUAUUUACCCCACGUCUUUUCCUGCAGGAGAAUCAAUAUCUCAUUGGACUAUGAGGCCGGACGUCUGUCCUUUUAUGAGCUGAGUGAGCCAAUCAGACACUUACACACCUUCACUGCCACAUUCACUGAGCCCCUUCAUGCUGCAUUCUGGGUCGGGGGUAAUUCCUGGGUGAGAAUCAUUAGUUAGAAUCUAUGGCACUUUAUUAAUUGAAUAGGUUAAUCAGAGGAUACAUUAGUGUAAUUCCUGUAGAUCUAAACCAGUCAGUAGAGCCCCUCCCCUGGCCGCAUAUUGUAUAUCAGUGCUGAGCAACACUUUGCUUGGGGUGAGUCAGUUAUACAAUAUUACGUGGGUAUAGGGGCAGGAUCAUAUUAAAGCCAAGAUGCCAUAUCAAUCUGAAAUAUUAACACUGCUCUUAUGUCAGGGGAUUGUCCCAAGACUUUACUGGUUAAACUCUGAUCAUGUGACUAAGGAGAAUACGGCCAGACAAUUACUUUGUCACUGAAAGUGUUAAUUAGUGCCGCCCAUUUCCUGUAAGGCCACACCCACUGAUAUUUCCUAUAGGGCAUUGGCACAUGGGGGGAUGGGGAGCACUGUGCCAGUCACAUGAUCAACAGCUCAGUUGGGGGGCAGCAAAUUGCACAGAUGCCCCUGAACUGGGAAACCCAACAGUGGAAUUGGCACCGGUGGGAAAAUCCGCACAAUUGUCAUGUGUGUCAUUAUCCAUAGGAAGUACUUGGUAAUAGAUUAUCCAAAGUCCCUGGAGUCUCCCUUGUUCUCCGACUCACAGACUCGUUCUCCUUCGAGUAAAUGUAAAUGGAAGUUUCUUUUAAUAGAUGGGAGUUAGCGCUAAGGUAAGCUUUGGGAGAUAAGUACAAAGCACCCAGAAAAUAAUAUAGUGUAGUAAGUUCUGUUUUUCAAUGGCCCGUAAUGACCCACUAUUUGCAUUCACCAAUGGUUAUUAACUCUGUGAUGUUCAUAUUCCCACCAUCCUGGAUCAUCACAUUAUUAUUAAUUAUUCCCAGGUGGGUACUUACAAACGUUUAAUCAAAAUCUGCACAUCUCAAAUGUAUCCUGGGUGGUUCUGCCAGAUUGAGAUCCUUGCUGUGGUUAGAAAUGGAGCACGGAAUAGUAUUAUACAUAUUAUACUGAAACGUGUGUAUUAUAAAUAAAGUAUCCCCAGUUGAAAAAUAUGAGGAUAU